AUGCAAUCACCAGUGUUCGUGUGUGUGCUGAUCUGCUUGGCCCUUCUUGUCGCCGUCUCGUCGGCCAUGCCAUUUUAUGCUUCAUCGUCGCUGUCCGACGACGGAGACGUCGUCCGCCAAUUCCCGCAACAGGGCGUUCUGGAGAACAUGGUGAACGAGAUAAUGCGUGUGCAGAGUGUCGAGCAGAUGAACAAUAAUCUUGUGCGACGUCAGAUCUUCUCCAGAAAGUUCUGGUGA